CCUCCAGGCCCCGCCUUCCGCGCACGCGCGCGCUUUUGGCGCCAAGUCCGCGUCCCGUGCACCGGGUCGCGUGGCGCCGCUGCCGUCUCUCAGCGCUGCCCCUCGCCCGCUCCGCUGCCGCCUCCUCUCACCGCCGCCAUGAUCGGGCAGAAGACGCUGCACUCCUUCUUCAGCGCCGCGCCGCCGAAGAAGCGCGGCCGCUCCCCGGAGCCGGUUAGCGAUGCUGAGGUCAGUGCCGCGAAGAAGGCGAAGGCAGCGGGAGAUGAGGCGGGAAAGGCCUCGCCGCUCAGCGCGGAGCAGCAGGAAAGGAUCCGCAAGAACAAGGAGGCGGCGCUGCAGCGGCUGGCGGAGCGGAACGUGCCCCCGGGCUUCGGGGAGAGCUGGCGGCGGCAGCUGGCCGGGGAGUUCUCUAAGCCCUACUUCAUGGAGCUGAUGGCGUUUGUGGCAGAAGAGAGGAAACGCUACACAGUCUAUCCGCCCCCCGACCAAGUCUUCACCUGGACGCAGAUGUGCGACAUCAGGGAUGUAAAAGUUGUCAUUUUGGGACAAGAUCCGUAUCAUGGACCUAAUCAAGCUCAUGGGCUCUGCUUCAGUGUCCAGAAACCUGUUCCACCUCCCCCAAGUUUAGAAAAUAUUUAUAAAGAACUGUCUACGGAUAUCGAGGACUUCACUCAUCCUGGUCACGGGGAUCUGACUGGCUGGGCCAAGCAAGGAGUGCUCCUGCUCAACGCCGUCCUCACGGUGCGAGCUCACCAGGCCACCUCGCACAAGGAGAGGGGCUGGGAGCAGUUCACGGACGUGGUGGUGUCCUGGCUCAACAAGAACUUGCAGGGGGUUGUCUUCAUGCUGUGGGGAGCCUACGCCCAGAAGAAAGGCAGCUCCAUUGACAGGAAACGCCACCACGUCCUGCAGACGGUGCAUCCCUCACCUCUCUCCGUCAACAGAGGGUUUUUCGGCUGUCGGCAUUUCUCGAAGACGAACGAAUUGCUCAAGAAAUCUGGCAAGAAGCCCAUUGACUGGAGCGCGCUCUGAGCUGCGCGCGGAGGCUGGUGGGGUCUGAUGGUUGGAAACAGCCCCUGGUUCAGGGGUUGUCUCGUUUCUGAAAAACUUUUGCUGCCCUGAGGAUUAAUCCUUGGAUGUUGAUCAAGGAACAGAAGACCAAACUUUCAGAGAUGUUAUAUUUCUUUUUUUAAAAUGCUUUUAAAGAGCAGACUGGAGGGUUACAUGGACAACUGCUCUGCUGUUUGAACAGGUCUCAGCCUAGUUUGAAGGAAAGAAAAAAAACCAGAGUUUUGUGUUGUGUUGUUGUAAUGGGAAUGUAUGUUCAGGCUCUUGUGAAGGGAUGUCAGUUCUUAGAGGUGAAGCUGUUGUAAAUACCCUGGUGUGCCUCCCCCCAUUCCUUUGUUUCCUGCUGUGCAAAUCUAUAUUUCUUACUUGGCGGUGGGGAGCUGACUCCAUGGGAGAAAAGGCAAAUGCUUUUGUUUUUAGCUUUUUGCUACAGAUUACGAGAGAUUAUUAGAAAUACAGACUGUUUGUACUGUAAAGACCGUACACUGUCAGAAGUGUUACUUGGUGUAUGUGUACUCUUGAGAUUUUGGGGUUAAUCCCCCCCAGCAGUCGAGGGGAGACAGUGACAGAGCUGGUCAUGCUCUGAGCUUUUUGUUGGUGUUUAGAGAGGACAAUCCUAAAUUGUUAGGUUCUUCCUUGCUGUGUUAAUCACUUGGAUGGCCAUGAACUUUGUGGUACCUGCCCAUGGCAGCAGCGAAGGUUUGUUCAUCAGGAUCUGCCAGCGGAUGAGCUGGUGGUUUAAGAUCUUUUAAGGUCUUUAACCAGAGGGAUUUUUUUGCUUUGCCUUCAUGGCAGCAAGUCCAGGUUUGUAGCCACUGUUGGGACUUCCAGGCUGAAGACAAGGUUGGACUUCACCUUUCCGGGUUUCCAGCCCAACUUUGUAAUUCCUUUAAUGGAAGUGAAGUGCCUUUGGAAAUUGUGUUUGUAGAAUACCCUUGUAAAACCUCCCUUCGAUGUUUACUCUGAUGGGUAACACUAGUACAAGUGAAGUUUACGCUUCCUCUGGCUGUGUUAUACUUCUUGUUUGGUUUUGUGUUGCUUUGUUUCUUUCCCACAGUUUGUUUGUUUGUUUUUUAAAUAAAAAUGACCUUGUUUA